AUGGGCAAAAUUAUUGAGUCUAUUGUCCGCUGGAACAAUGAAGUAGUAGAACUCAUGAGCUUUCCAGACACUGAAGUGAGCAGAUCCGUUGAAAUAGAACAAUGGACGACUCUUGUCCAUGGAGAAAUACCGGCAGUAGCUGCUUCUGAUAAGACGCGGAAAGUCCAAAGCAACCAAAUUCCAUCCUUGUGUCGCACUGCCUCCAUCCAGAAUGUGACCUUCAUCGCACAUUUGGAUUCGAACGAAAACGCUGCCUUCGCUGAAAAGGAUUAG